UGUUGACUAGGGUUGCUAGCUGAUGCUACCGAAAGCUUGAAAAAAAUUACAAAGUCUAAGGCAAAGACGAAGAAUUAUAGAGACAACUGGACUGUUGUUGUCGGUGCGUUGUACUUUGCUUCGCAAUGCCGUAACAGAGCAGUGUGUUGUUGGAUAAAACACACCUGUUAAUGUUUUAUUUAUUCUGACAGUCUGAUGUAGCUAGCUUGUUUGCUGGCCAGGAAGAGUUGACAUCUCACUGUUGGCUUCAGGAUAGCUAACACAGUCAACAUAGGAGCUAAAAUAAAGAGAGCUCCAGAUGCGGCUAAAGGACCCCUUCUCUUUAAAAGCCGCAGAUAUGACUAAGCGGACUAAUAAACCGAGGAAACCUCGAGAUGAGGAGUCGUCAGAUGAAGUCAGUGGGUUGACUUGCCAGCAUGUGAGUAAAGCAGUGGACUUGAGCUCAGUGAAGAAAUCAGUGCUCUCCAGCGUGUGGUUGGUGUGCUCUGAUUGCCUGAAAGAGAGGACCAUGAUUGAUGGAGAGCCAGCAGCAUCGUAUGACAUCCUGGUGUGCUUAAAGUGUGGCUUCCAAGGCUGUAACCAGUCAGGGAUCCAGCACGCUGUCAAGCACCACCAAGCUUUCCACCCAGAGUCUCACUGCAUCACCAUCAGCUUGAGCACAUGGAAGGCCUGGUGUUUUGAAUGUAACGAGGAGCUCUCCACUCACUGCAACAAGAAGGCUUUGGCUCAGACCCUGGACUUUUUACAAAAGCACUCUGUCAAGGCAACAUCAGGAGCAUCACCUAAGAUCAUUAAGCUGCAAGAGGAACCAUCAGACUAUGCUGACCCACCCAAAGGCAAGAGUCCAGCCAUCAACAGCACCUUGGUCCCUGUCAAAGGCAUCAAUAACCUCGGUAACACAUGCUUCUUCAACGCUGUUAUGCAGAACCUGUCUCAGACACACAUGCUCAUCGACCUCAUCCAGGAAGUAAAGGACAAAGGCUACAAACUGAGGAUCAGCCCCUCCGUCGAUACCAAUGUGAGUCCACUGACAGUUACGCUGCCUGGUCCAGAGCCCCUGACUGCGGCCAUGUUUCUCUUCCUCCAGAGCAUGAAAGAACCAGGGAAAGGCCCGGUCAACCCCAAAAUCCUCUUCAACCAGCUCUGCCAAAAGGCUCCGCGCUUCAAGGGCUACCAACAACAAGACAGCCAGGAGCUUCUGCACUACCUACUGGACUCCAUACGAGUAGAGGAAACUAAAAGGGUGAAAGCGGGAAUUCUGAAGGCUUUCAACAAUCCCACCGAAAAGACAGCAGAUGAAGAGACCAAACGCCAAGUCAAAGCGUACGGAAAGGAAGGUGUGAAAAUGAACUUUGUGGACCGCAUUUUUGUUGGCGAGCUGACUAACACAAUUAUGUGUGAAGAGUGCGAGCAUAUCUCCACAGUGAAGGAGGCUUUCAUAGACAUCUCCUUACCCAUCAUAGAGGAGAGGAUAUCAAAACCGUCCAACCCUGGUAGGCUGGGGAAGGGCAGCCGGGAGCAGGACACACACAUGACUCACAGCGACCAGGUUUUUUCCGCAGCACACUCGGUCAACAGAAACACCAGGAAGCUGAGCGGGCAGAAGCAGCAGAGCAGGAAGUCUUCAAGCUCCGUGGAGGAGAAGGGAGCAAGCUGCAGUGUGGAGCGGGUGGAGGAGGAGGGCGUAGCUGUUGGAUCAGCUCGUGGUGUCUCUGUUUGCAAGAUGGCUGCUGCCGGCAGCCUUUCAGAUGGCAGCGAAAGAGACUCAGGUGCUCAGGACAGCAGUAAUGACGCUGACAGUGAGGCCUCAGAGAGCGAGUGGGCCCCACGCACCUCCUCCUCCAGCCACAGCCACGGGCACAUGUCCACCCCAUCGUCCACCUCCACCCUCACUCCAUCCCCUACGCCCAUCUCUGCCUCCUCCCCCUCGUCAUCAUCCUCCAUGAGGCAAAGUGGUGCAGUAGAGCAGCUCGUCACUGCAGUGUCUAAAGUCAACCUCGGGUUCGCUCCUGGGGACUGCUCUCCUUCUACACACUGUUCUCAGGAGGAGCAGGGAGAGACGCAGUCACGAGAUAACCUCCACCAUCAACACCACCAGGGGGCCUUCCAGGCACUGUCCCACAGUUACACACCCAGCUCCAAGGAGUGCUCCAUCCAGUCCUGCCUCCACCAGUUCACUUCUGUGGAACUGCUGAUGGGCAACAACAAGCUGCUGUGUGAGAACUGCACUGAACGCAGACAGAAACAGCUGCGCAAGAGCAGCUCAGCCGACAAGAAGCUGGAGAAGAUUUACACCAGCGCUAGGAAGCAAAUGCUGAUAUCUUUGCUGCCUCCUGUCAUCACGUUGCAUCUUAAACGCUUCCAUCAGGCAGGGAUGAACUUACGAAAAGUGAACCGCCAUGUUGACUUUCCCCUCAUCUUGGAUCUGGCUCCAUUCUGCUCGGCAUCCUGCAAGAACCUGGCAGCUGGUGAGCGUGUCCUCUACAGCCUGUAUGGGAUUGUCGAACACAGUGGCUCAAUGCGGGGAGGCCACUACACUGCAUAUGUAAAAGUGCGCGCUCCCCAGAGGAAAACAGAACACCACCACAGGAACCUGUCAGGUGCAAGGGAGGCCGGCAGCAGCUUCCAGGGCCAGUGGGUGUACAUCAGUGAUACCACCGUUCAGACGGUACCAGAGUCAAGGGUACUCAACUCUCAGGCAUACCUGCUAUUCUACGAGGAAAUGCUGUAACGUUACAAACAAAAGUACUUUUUUUCCGAGAUCUCUGUUAAGCUUUGCAUUAUUUUGGUUCAUGCCUGUACUACUCGUCAUACUGUAUCUGUGAGUGGGUGGAGGGAGAAAAGGGAAAGACUUCACUGUACACUCACUUAUCUUACAUGAAAGAAAUGACCCUCUGUGCCAUUUGCAUAUAAAUUCUUAACUGAAAUUGGCACCUCUGAAUAUCUUAGAUCACAGGCUGUAAAAUAAAGAUGGAAGACAUGACAGCUCCUCAGAAGUGAAGCCAAAAUGUCUCGAUUCUGAUAGCAGACAGAACUGUCGCCUCAAACUCUUCUUACACACUGUUUUCAUCUUCAGUCUGACAUUGCAUCUAAUGAUUUC